AUGUCGUCCGCCCUCUCCUUACCGGCGACGGUGCGGCCGGCAUCCUCCGGGCCUGGGCGCCAGCUUUACGGGUCGCCGCCGCGCCGCGGUCCGGUGCUGCCACCGAGGAGGCCGCAGGCGGUGCCGUGCCACGGUCUGCUGGCGCUGCGACCGAGCACGAGGCGCUGCGCCGCUUUCGGGCAGGACCACCACUACGGGGGCGCGCUGGUGGACGAGGGCAUGGCGGUGCUCCGGCGGAGGAUCCGGGAGGCGCGGAUGGCGGAGACAAACUACGAGGCGCCGCCGGGGUGGGCGGACUGGGAGAAGCGCUACUACCCGGCCUACGUCUCCGACGUGUCCGUGCUCGCCGGAGCGCUGCAGCUGCUGGCCAUGGGCACCAGGCCUGGCGUCGCUGCGGCCGUAGUCGCCAUGCUGCUCGCCGGCGUGCCGGUCUCCGCUUUCGCAGUCCUGCACUUCCUCGAUCUGGCUGUUGGAGAAGGAAACAUGGCGGUGGUUGCUGCCAUGUCCAAGUUUGACCUCGACGCGGGCGCGAAGACCCGGUUGGCCAUGGGGCACGCGUAUUGGGUUGACAAGGCGAGCAGCGUGUCGUCCGCCGCCGGCAGGGGUGGCGGCGUCACCGCGUACUCCCGGGAGUGGUACUUGAAGUUGUCGCACUGCAACAUCGCGCACAGCUGCACAGCACGAAGUGCUUGCGAGAGCCGAAAUCCCUGGAGGCUGGAGUAG